CUUGUCGACCUGGGUUCUACAAAGCCUCUGCUGGCAACGUGAAGUGUGCCAAAUGCCCACCUCACAGCUCUACCUAUGAAGAUGCGUCUCUGAACUGCAGGUGUGAAAAGAAUUACUUUCGCUCUGAGAAAGAUCCUCCAUCCAUGGCUUGCACCAGACCACCAUCUGCUCCAAGAAAUGUUAUCUCUAACAUCAACGAGACGUCUGUUAUCCUGGACUGGAGCUGGCCUCUUGACACUGGAGGUCGGAAGGAUGUCACUUUCAACAUCAUUUGCAAAAAAUGUGGAGGUAACAUCAAGAUGUGUGAGCCGUGUAGUGACAACGUGCGAUUCUUACCCCGUCAGACUGGCCUCACCAACACCACAGUGACAGUAGUGGACCUUUUGGCGCAUACCAAUUACACUUUUGAGAUUGAUGCAGUCAACGGGGUAUCUGACUCGAGUACACUUUCCAGACAGUUUGCUGCUGUCAGCAUCACAACUAAUCAGGCUGCUCCGUCCCCCAUCACAGUCAUAAGGAAGGACAGGACAUCCAGGAACAGCGUCUCGCUGUCUUGGCAAGAACCCGAACAUCCGAAUGGCAUCAUCUUGGACUACGAGGUCAAAUACUAUGAAAAGGAACAAGAGACAAGCUACACUAUUCUGAGAGCCAAAGGCACCAACGUUACCAUCAGCGGCCUCAAACCUGAUACCACUUAUGUCUUCCAAAUUCGAGCCCGAACUGCAGCUGGAUACGGGACAAACAGCCGCAAGUUUGAAUUUGAAACCAGUCCGGAUUCAUUCUCCAUUUCCAGUGAGAAUAGCCAGGUUGUAAUGAUUGCCAUUUCAGCAGCGGUUGCCAUUAUUCUCCUCACAGUUGUGGUGUACAUCCUGAUUGGGAGAUUCUGUGGAUACAAGAAGUCUAAACAUGGCACUGAUGAGAAAAGACUACAUUUUGGGAAUGGCCAUUUAAAACUCCCAGGCCUGAGAACUUACGUAGAUCCGCAUACGUAUGAGGAUCCCAAUCAAGCUGUGCAUGAAUUUGCCAAGGAGCUAGAUGCUUCUAACAUAUCCAUUGAUAAAGUAGUUGGAGCAGGAGAAUUUGGAGAAGUGUGCAGUGGGCGCCUAAAGCUGCCUUCUAAAAAGGAAAUUUCAGUGGCUAUCAAAACCCUGAAAGUUGGCUACACAGAAAAACAGAGGAGGGACUUCCUGGGAGAAGCAAGCAUCAUGGGACAGUUUGACCACCCUAAUAUCAUUCGACUAGAGGGAGUCGUCACUAAAAGUAAACCAGUUAUGAUUGUUACUGAAUAUAUGGAAAAUGGUUCCUUGGACAGCUUCCUACGGAAACAUGAUGCCCAGUUCACAGUCAUCCAGCUAGUAGGCAUGCUUCGAGGGAUCGCAUCUGGCAUGAAAUACUUGUCAGAUAUGGGUUAUGUCCAUCGAGAUCUAGCUGCUCGUAAUAUCCUCAUCAACAGUAACUUGGUAUGCAAAGUCUCAGAUUUUGGCCUCUCUCGUGUACUGGAAGAUGACCCAGAAGCUGCUUACACCACAAGGGGGGGCAAGAUUCCCAUCCGAUGGACAUCACCGGAAGCCAUUGCAUAUCGGAAGUUCACAUCAGCCAGUGACGCGUGGAGCUAUGGGAUUGUUCUCUGGGAGGUGAUGUCUUAUGGAGAGAGACCAUACUGGGAGAUGUCCAACCAGGAUGUGAUUAAGGCUGUUGAUGAAGGGUACCGCUUGCCACCUCCUAUGGACUGCCCAGCUGCCUUGUAUCAGCUGAUGCUGGACUGUUGGCAGAAAGACAGAAACAACAGACCCAAGUUUGAGCAGAUUGUCAGCAUCCUGGACAAGCUGAUCCGUAAUCCCAGCAGUCUGAAAAUAAUCACCAAUGCGGCGGCAAGGUGACAUAUUAGAUCUUACAGUGCACAUAAAUAAAUGUCUUUGAUUUCUUCAUCUUCCA